UUUGUACGUGUAGUUUGGCAAGAAAAUUCAGGCUGAUCAAGUCCCGGGAUGGUCCCAAUUCUAUCUCGACUACAAGUCGCUCAAGAAGAUCAUAUCCGCCCUCGGGGCAAACAAGCCAGUUUCAGAGGCCACGGCUAUCGCAGUCGGUGAGCAUCUCAUCAGAGGGGGUUCAUCCGACAAACAAAUACUGGGGCUACCGUUCUUGUCGUCUGGAACGGGCCAAGAAGACGAAAGGGGCAGAGAAUUUCAGGCGUACAAGGCGGCGUUCUUCUUCAAACUAGAGCGAGAGCUAGAGAAAGCAAGCAAUUCGCCACAUCUUAGCCGUGGGAGCAGCUCUGACCGUCCCAUCAAUGCUUUCUACCUGGAGAAGGAGGCCGAACUCAAAUCACGCCUGGAAACCCUGCUUUCAAAGCGUAGGGCUGCAGCUUCUCGUGUCUUGCCAGACUCGCUAGACGACUAUCCCACACGAAACCAUGUAGAGUGGAGCGCCGUCGAAGAAGGCUUCAAUUUACUCGAGCGCGACCUCGGAAAGCUUCAGCAAUUUGUCGAGAUCAACGCUACCGGUUUCCGUAAGAUUCUGAAGAAAUGGGACAAACGGUCCAAAUCGAGCACCAAAGAGCUGUACCUGGCUAGACAGGUAGACGUCCAGCCAGUGUUCAAUAGACAGCUGAUAUCCGAACUUGCGGACACGGUCGCGGCCUGUCUUCUCGAUCUCACCGACUUGUCUGCGCUCUUCGGGCACCAUCUCUCAGAGAGCUUUGGUCAACAAGGUCUAUUUACUGACUUGGAGAGCAGUAUCCGGAAGGCUGUCGCAGACUCGGACAAAGAUGCACUACGAGAAGUAAUCCGGUACUCCGAAUCCUUGUCACAGUCGCCUGAAGGGCGGACACACGUCACCCGAUUUCUAUGGAAAGCCAUCAUUGACGCUCCGGCUGACCUGGCCGAUUUCAUUCUCGCCUCCACAUCCACGCCUUUUGACUAUCGCUUUAUUGACGACAUCAAUGGACGCACAUGCCUUCAUGAAGCGGCUCGAGUUGGCGCCUUACGGCUGGUCGAUCUCUGCCUGCAGAACAGAGUCCAACGGGAGAAGGUUGAUGUGUACGGCCGCUCUGCGUUGCACUAUGCUGCUAUGAGUGGCCAUUCCGCCGUUUGCCGACGGCUCCUCGAAGAGGGCCUGAGCGCGGAUGCGCUGGAUCUCGACAAUUGCACUCCGAUGAUUUACGCUACACUUCGAGGAUCAGUAGAAUGUGUUCGGGUACUCUUAGAAGUUGGUCACGUCUCUGUUCAGGCCACCGUCCUCAACGGCGACCUCAUUCCCCUGUCUCUCGCCGCACGCUCCGGUCAUUACGACGUUGUGGUUCUGCUGCUUCAGCACGGCGCGCCAAGUCUUCCCAAUACCAACGGCGAGUACCCGACUCAUCUGGCAGCGCAGGAAGGCCAUCACACGAUCUGCCAAUUACUCGUCGGUCAGGAAGGCUGGGACACUCCGGAUAAGUACAACGAAUGGACACCCCUCUUCCACGCUGCUCGUUACGGCCACGAGCAAUGCCUUCGCGUGCUUCUCGAGGCAGGAAGCAGGCCAGAUCGCACAGAUGAACUGGAAAACUCUGCCGUCCACUACGCAGCAUGGUACGGUCAUCACACGUGCGUAUCCCUUCUAAUGGAGGCGAAGCAGCGAUACACCGCCGCGCAUACACCCAUCUCGCACCCCUCACCCAUGUCCAUGUCGGACACUUGUUCCACUGGCGGCGAGUCCGAUAUCGACGCCAUCCCGUCGCUUUCGCUGCCACCGCCUAUGAUGCCGUACCGCGUCUACGGGCACAACUAUCUCGACAAGAACACACUUGUACAAGUGUCCAUCGGCCAUCGCAUGUCGCGCUACCCUGAGUCCGGCUUGGAGAAGACAGAGCGAUACCUUCACACCUCGCCUCGACUAAAACUGGUCGUCACGGCCUCGCCAGCUGUCACUGCCGCGCCCUUCAGCAUCUCACUCCCGUUAGCCGACGACGAGAGGACAGUGUACACCUUCCAGGUACCCUCGAUCGACACACUUUCCCUGGAAUUCUCGUUAUACCCAAACUUUGGCACGAAAAUCGUUGGUCGAGCAGCCUCGUUGCCAUCAUCAUUGGGACCAGGCUCGACGAAAGCAUCGACAUUGCCCAUCUUUGACCAUCGCCUGCAUGUCAUCGGAGAGGUCUCUUUCGAGAUCAUCACGGUUACCCCAUUCAGCGGAGUGACUCUUGAGAUUGGAGGCGCAGUUGAGACGUACUGGAAGGCGAUCGCCAGUCCGUUAUCCACACCAUCCGCGAAAGCGACAACUCCGCGGUUCAUGCCCCCUUCACGUUCGCUGGCUUCAGCGCAAACAUCUCCCUCGGCACACUCGAUCAUCUCCUCGGGAAGCCAUUCUCUUACACACUCUUCGCUAAGCGGCAGCUUUUUCUACAUCACUGUGCAAGUCACGCGGGACCUGCAGCCGGUGGCAUAUCCGGAGUGGAGGCUGCCGGAUGACACCUUUGACCUCGGGGUGGCGGACGUCACGCUCGCGCAGUUCCUGGCCCUUGCAGAACGCCGCGGGCGACGGCCACUGCCGCCAGCGAGCUCGUCGCUAUCGAUCAAGGACAUCCAAGCGGUGAUAUCACGCUCGAUGGUGGCGCUCUCCGAUCUCCUCAAGAUUAUCCCCGCCCACCUCGGCGUGUGCCUUGAGCUCGCGUACCCGACGGCUCCGGUGCUCGAGCAGCGGACGCUGGGCCAUCGGGUCGAUCUCAACGACGCCGUGGACGCGGUCCUGCGGACGAUCUAUGACAUAACCUCGCUCGAGGGGCACGUCGGCCGGCGGAACGUCGUCUUUACGUCAUUCGCCCCGGACGUUUGCGCGGCCUUGAAUUGGAAGCAGCCAAAUUAUCCCGUGUUCUUCGCGUCACAGUGCGGACGGACGGGCGCACACGCGCCCAGCGCUACCGCGCUGGCCGUCCGGGACGCCCGCGACUACCGCGUGUCGAGCCUCAACUCGGCCGUCGAGGUCUGCAAGACGAACAACCUGCUCGGGCUGUUGCUCGACGCGGAGUUCUUGAACGAGGUACCGUCGCUGAUCCAGGCGGUGAAAGACUGCGGGCUCCUGCUCGGGGCCUUUGGCGUCGCGAGCCAGCUGCCGAUGCUCGAGUCAAACGGCAUAGACGCAUUUUUGCACGACGGAGUCAUGACGUAUUCUACACGACAUUACUGAAUAGAACAUACAGGAAAACUAAUGUACCUCAAUAUAUCCCACUAACUGUACAUUGAUCGUCCAAGAGACCAUCUACGAGCUGUAUAAGCAUGCGUUUUUUCUCCCGUUCGCGUGUGUGCCGUGUGUGCCGUCCCGAGGGUGCACCCUCGCUCUAUAUGGACGCCUUGUAAAGAGACGCAUACGCCCCGCCGGCGGCCAGGAGCUCUUCGUGGGUGCCGAACUCGAUGAUCGUCUGCG